AUGGCGAAUUCUCACGAACCCACGCCACCAUCCCUCCGGGAUUAUGGUGUUGCCGCACCCCAUGGCCCCAACAUGACCGGCGAGCACCAAGCUACUCAGGACAUUGACAUCCGUAACGACAUGAGCGCGAACGAGUCUAAUGUGUUUCAUGCCCUGCUUCACCCCGACGACCUUUACAAUGCCAACGGCACCUACUGGGCAGACAUGCCACUGGGUCAACGGGUCAAGUUCGUUGGACAAGUCGACAAAGCUGAAGCGAAAGCCGAAGCAACCUACUUCUGGGACAUGUUCAAGAAAGACCCACUUGCGCCUUUUGGUCACUACUUCCGAACCUGUGUAAUUCCUGGUAUGGGUCUUGGUCUCGAGGGUUACGUUCUGUUCUCCAUUGGUAACGUCAGACCUCUUCUGCAGGCUGCCUUCCCAGCAUGCUGGGGUAAGCACGAGAUUUGCGAUGAAACUUGGCUGCAGGCUAUUGACUACCUCGAGAUUUGCGGUAUCAUUGUUGGUCAGAUCCUCGUUGGUAUUGUUGGUGACUGGCUCGGCCGCCGCUUUGGUCUCAUCCAAGAUGCUGUUAUCAUGUUCGUCGGUCUCCUCAUGCUCACUGCUGCCUGGGGUGUCACCCAGAACGGAUGGGUCAUCUGCUACGUCUGGGCUCUAUUCUUCUACGGUAUCGGUGUUGGAGGCGAGUACCCCAUGACUGCGACUGCUGGUAUGGAGAACGCUGUCGGCUCCGGAAAGGUCUCUACCAAGGACGAUCGUCUUCACCGUGGCAGGAAAGUUACCAGUGCUUUCCUGAUGCAAGGCUGGGGACAAUUCUUCAAUCAGGUCAUCCUGAUCCUCUUGCUCCUCAUCUUCCACGGCGGAUCAUCCCCCCCGUACUCGAAGACCUUGGCUCAAUGGACUUACCGUGUCUCCUUUGCCAUUCCUGCUGUCGGUACACUCUGGCUCGUCUACUUCCGUUACUACAAGAUGAAAUCGGCUUCGAGGCAGCUGGCGCUUUCCAAGAAGAAAUCGAACGUCACCGGCUACGAUGUUCAGUCUUUGAAACUUACCUUUACAUACUUUGGACCCCGUCUUCUGGCUACUGCCGGCGCUUGGUUUGCCAACGAUGUUUUCUUCUACGGCAACAAGCUUUUCCAGAACGAAUUCAUCAGCAUUAUUACGCCUGGAAACAAGUCUGUCAUGACCGGCUGGCUGUAUAACCUGAUCAACGUCGGUGUAUCGCUUUGUGGCUACUACCUCGCUUCCUUGCUCAUCGACAACAAGCUUUACGGGCGUAAAUGGAUGAUGAUCGUCGGUUUCCUGGCUGACUUUGUUUUCUUUAUGAUCCCCGGUUUCGCUCUGGACUACUUCACGUCGCCUGAGAACAUUCACGGUUUCCAAGCCAUGUACUUCUUGUCCUCAUUCUUCAACCAAUUCGGCCCCAACAGUGUCACUUUCCUUGUCGCUGCCGAGGUCUUCCCUACACCGGUCCGCGCCACCGCUCACGGUUUCAGUGCUGCUUGCGGUAAGGCUGGUGCCCUACUCGCCGCCGUCCUGUACAACUACAUCGGUACUCAGACCAAGUUCUACUUUGUUCCCUGGUUUGGUCUUGCUGGUGCUCUCCUCACUCUACUCUUCCUUCCAGACACGACCGGUCUGGAUCUCAAGGAGCAAGAGCGUCGCUGGGCAUACAUUCGCGCGGGCAAAGAGCACGACUACCACGGUAUUGCCGUCCACUGGAAGCAUCUGUCCUGGUGGGAGCGCUUCCGUGGCCAGCACAAGGAUUAUGACGCCAAGCUCGACUACGAGCAGAAGAUUACCGAGAUGCGCGCAGAGUGGCUCGAACGCCAGCAACACAAGUUCUCUGAGAAGAACGGCUGGGAAGGUGCUGACCCUGACGAAGACGACCACCUUGAUGUACACAACUACUUCAAGCGCACCACACCCGGCUCGCCAAAGGGCCCUGAGCCUAUGAUGGCGCCUAAGUCUGUGUCGGAAAGCGACUCGGCGGAUGAGAUUACGAGGGAGAAGAAUGGACAGCUCUAG